CCUCGCGGAAGUAAGGCAAAGUUCAUCCUGAUAGCUGUCAACACUCGAGUCGUUGUCCUGCUGUCUUCGAAGACUACCAGCACAGUUUUGAAUCUGGACAAAAUCCAGAACUAUUUAAUAAUGUCUGCGCCUUUGGCUUUCGACGGGAAAGUUGUUGUUGUCACUGGGGCCGGUGGAGGUAAAUGACAGCUAAAUUUUGCUAACAUAGCUAUCUAACGUUAGCUAGCUUUCUUCAUUGGGAUAUGCUCAUCUUGUUAGCUAGCUACGCUGUGCAAGGUGGUGUUGUGUUUUAGUGGUGGUUGACAUGGUUGUGAAUCCAUUGUAGGGAUUGUGGCCAGGGGUAGUCUUAUUCGUCUGGUAGCAACAGUGGCUAACUAACUAGCUAUCCUAACCAGCAGCAGUACUUGGUGGCUAGGUUAGGUGCUAUGUCAGAAAGUAGCCAGCUAGCUACUGUAACAAGUUGCUCACUGUUGUCAUUGUUGCAACACUUUAUGCUUGAAUCUGAUAUUGCUCGGCCAUACAGAACAAGGUACAUUUUGUGAAUUCAAGAUCCUUUUAUGUGAGACUGCAUUCUUGCAACAAAGUACCCAGCAGCCCAUCCACGCAUGAAGAAGGCAACAUGUGCUGUGCUGGGCACUUUGCUGCAACAAUAAGUCUUACUUAAUAUUAUUUUACUUUUUCAUUUGACCAAAUAUCAACUUACACUUGUUUCCAUAGGACUUGGGAGAGAAUAUGCAUUGGCAUUUGGUGAGAGGGGCGCCUCGGUAGUUGGUAAGUAUUGCGAAUGUAUAUUUUUAAGAUAUACAUGAAAUAAGCUGGAAACUAUCCAGAAAAUAUGCUGUUCAAUGCCUGAUUCUUGGUUUAACUGUUUGUCUUUUCUCUGCACACAGUUAAUGACCUUGGAGGAGAUAUUAAAGGGGGAGGGAAGAGCUCCGCUGCUGCUGAUAAAGUCGUGGAAGAGAUAAAAGCUAAGGGAGGCAAAGCAGUGGCUAACUACGGUGGGUAGUUUGGACCAAGUUAUCUAACUCUAUUUGAACUUUUGCACAUGGUUCAAGAGUCUUGCGUGGCCAACCUUCCAAAUCCUGUCUAGAGUCCUGGAAUCUGAAGUUGGGUUCAAGGCUAUGUGGGCAGGUUACAGGGCAAAAUCACAGCCUUGAUACAGUCUCAAAUUCCAUCCUUCCAGUGUCCAAUUUUAUUUCCUUAUGGUUUUGAGCCCUCAAUGAAACUACCACUGUAGACAUCCAGAACUGUUUAGGAGCAUUAUAUCAGCUGUGAAAAGAAGCCAUGCAGAUUUGUCUACUGUUUGAUGUUUCCCUUUUCUACCUGGCCAACCAGAAGAGUGUGGACUGGUUUCUUCCUUCCGAGAGAGUUUCUUUGCCUCACACCUUCGCUAGUCCUUUUGGGGGUUUAUUCUCAUGUUUGUCAACGUGCUCAUAUUUGGCCCCACAGAUUCUGUAGAGGAUGGUGAGAAACUGAUCCAGACUGCCCUGGAUGCUUUUGGGAGAAUAGGUGCGUUUUCAGACAACUGAUUUCCUUGUUUAAAACCAAUAACACUAUGCACAUUUAACAAGAAUCUGACACAUAUUAUGGCUGAUGGUGUUACCUCAAGCAUGAUUAGAUGUUCAGGCUUGAUUGAGCACAUAAUUACAUGUUGAUGUGCAAAUGGUUUGUUUUGGCAUCUUACAGUACAUGAUUUGGUGAUGAUAACAAUUGUCUUAAGAAUUUCGAGAUUAUUUAAACAGACCUGUUGCUUAUCUUUUCCAGAUAUUGUUGUUAAUAAUGCUGGGUAAGAAUGCUAUUCAUCUCAAGCCUUUCAAUUAAUCAGAUUAGAUAUGAACACUUUUUGCUAAAUAAACUAAACUGUAGUAUUUCAGAUGGACAUGUGACAUGGAAAACUAUUCCAUUUACUCAGUGUAUAUAAUUGACCUCUUCUCUAUAAGAAGUGAAGGACAACCUGUUUUGUUAUUGAUUUCAAGGAUACUUCGGGAUCGUUCUUUUGGCAGAACGAGUGACUUGGAUUGGGGUGAGGAGUUUAUUUCUCAGAGUACACAUAAAUUCAUUCUGUGUCCAAUCAUCACGAAAGGAGAAUAUUGCAUAUUAAACAGUCAUAUGGAAUGAAUGAUAAAUGUCUAUCAGGCUGGAGAAGCGCUUUACUUCCAAGGACUUUAGCAUAGAGAAAUGAUUGACAAAUACAGUCGAGGUCUGAGUAGUAGUAAUUUGAUAGAACAGGAUAACCCCCACAUAGUUAUUGUAAUGCAACAUUCAUGCCCUGUAUUUCAGACCUCAUCCAUAGAGUCCACCUGAGAGGCUCCUUCAUGGUCACUAGAGCUGCCUGGAACCAUAUGAAGAACCAGAAGUUUGGGAGGUGAUGUCAAGGGUCAGACCCAGCACCAUGUUGCCUAUGUGAAGGGAAGUAAAGCUGACUGUUCUGCUGAAUCCCAAAUCGUAGCCUAGAGCAGACUCUGCAGUCCUGUAGAUCAGUGUGGAUUGGAUAGGAAUAAGUAAGUCUUCUGAUAGCCUGGUUGGAGUUCUCACCACCGUAUUGCUGUCAUCUAUUCCAGGGGUUCUCAAAGUGGGGUCCGCAGAGGUACUUCAGGGGGUCCGCGGCCAGAUCCCCCCCCCCAAAAAAAAUAUAUAUCUAUAUAAAUUUUUUUGUGUGAAUAUUACCAACAAUAAAAUAUUAAUUCUGACCAAGGGAUCUGUGGAAUAAGUUUAGAGGGUGUAAUACGAUGGUAAUAUUUAUUAAUCUACAAUUUGUUGUUAACCCUGGGCAACAUGGCCCUGGGAGGCUCACAGGGAUAUUGGUAUCCACAGUACUACACCAAUUAUACAUUUUUCAACUCAAUACUUUUAGCUGCAACAACAAUCUCUGCCCGAUGACAAUGUAUAGAAUUGCAGGAAAUUUGCUUGAAAAAUGAGUAACCGAUGCCAAGAGAUGGGCCUUUAAAAUGUUCCUUCUCAGGGCCCGAGACUUGGUUUGUCCGGCCAUGCACUGCCAGUCAUAGUAAAACUCACUGUAUGCUAUUUUUAUCGCACUCAAGUUUGACAUUUUAGUCAUUUAGCAGACUCUCUUAUCCAGAGCGACUUACAAUUAGUGAGUGCAUACAUUUUUCAUACUGGCCCCCCGUGGGAAGUUGUGUUCUUAUUAUGAGGGGGUCCCUGAUGAAUUUGCUAUCACAAAAGGGGGCCCCGGGCCCAAAACGUUUGAGAACCCCUGAGCCAUUAAAUCAUUUCAGAUCAUAAGCAGUGCCUAGGGCUUGAUUCAGAAUUCCUUUUGUACAUUCAAUCAAUCCAGCUCUCCUACUAAGCACAAGCCAAACAACAAUUAGGUAAUGACCGGUGCAGAGUAUAGAGCAUGACUUUGUAGAUCUGUUUCAGGUUUUAGCACAGGUGGGCCCUGCCUGAGAUUAAUGUAGAGAAAUCCAUCCUUAUGAUACCCUUUGAAUUGCAGCAACGGCACCAAGAAUAAGUGAGAAAACGGUCUUAAAAAUGUCCUUGAAUUGUUUUUAGGUGGUUGUUAGCUUUUGACAGGCAGCGAAGUGGACAGAUUUCUUAACUAUUGUUAUUGCCGCACGCCUGAAACAGCCGUGGCACGUUAAUUCAACACCGUCGCACUGAAUUAGACUGACGCGCCACGGUUGCCCUGUCUGUGCCCAGGAUCAUCAUGACGUCAUCGGCUGCUGGCAUCUACGGCAAUUUUGGGCAGGCAAACUACAGCGCGGCGAAGCUGGGCCUGCUGGGAUUGGCCAACACCCUAGCCAUCGAGGGCCAAAAGUACAACAUCCACUGCAACACCAUCGCCCCAACCGCAGGCUCGCGCCUCACAGAGACUGUUAUGCCCCCAGGUCAGAGGAGCCGCUGAGAAACGGCUAAGCAGCACACAUUACUGGGUCAUCUUAUUAAGACUCAACGAUUUGAGUUGAUCUGUUGUGUAAUAUAGCAAUGAGUUACUAGUGCUUGACAUUGACUGAUGGGUGCCUGUACUCAUUCUGGGUGCCGGUGUAGUUUACAUUUAGGUUCAGGAGCUCUACGAUACUUUUGCGCUAAUAUUCUAUUAAAGCAAUAAGGCACCUCGGGUGUGGUGUAUGGCCGAUAUACCACGGAUAAGGGCUGUUCGUGUUGCGUCGCGCAUAAGGAGUGCCUGGAUACAGCCUUUGCCGUGGUAUAUUGGAAAUAUACCACAAACCCCAGAGGUGCCUUAUUGCUAUUAUAAACUGGUUACCAACAUAAUUAUAGCAGUAAAAAUAAAUGUUUCGUCAUACCUGUAGUAUAAGGUCUAAUAUACCAUGGCUUUCAGCCAAUCAGUAUUCAGGGCUCAAACCACCCAGUUUAUAAUAGAGGAACAGGAGCUCAAGCAGUAGAACAUUUGAGGUGUCGGUACUCUGCUCCAGUGAGCUCCUGCCUAAGUCAAGCACUGUGUGUUGCAUCAUGUAAUAUUAUCAUGUAAAUGUGUUUCUAAAGUUACCUGCUAUUGUCAAACGACUGUGCUCACAAACUGAGUAAACAGAGAUUAGUCAUGCGUUCUGAAAAUUACGUUUAUUUGUGGAUUGGGCAUUUAAUGAGGUUGUAGAUUGCUUUUGAGGCCUCUGCUUGGCAGACUGGCGUCUGUGAUUUUCUUCUCUGGUGUCUGCCAUGUGAUGCCCUUUUAUACCCCAUAUGAAAGUUGUGUGAUAUUGUCCCAUAGGUCAAGUAACAUGAAUUGCCCUACAGUGUGAUAUUGGUCCAUAUGUCAGGUUACCUUCAUUGCCCUACAGCACACGUGUCAAACUCAUUCCACGGAGGGCCGAGUGUCUGCGGGUUUUUGCUCCUCCCUUGUGCUUGAUUGCUGAAUUAAGGUCGCUAUUUAGAAAGGAACUCCCCGCACCUGUUUGUCUAGGUCGUCAUUGAAAAGGAAAAACCAAAAACCUGCAGACACUGGGCCCUCCGUGGAAUGAGUUUGACACCCCUGCCCUACAGUUUAAGAGACAGAUUUUUAGAUUUUUUUUUUUUACAAUGUUUGGAAUCAAAGUGCUGGUAUAUCACCACAAUGUGUAUACCUUUCAUGUUGUUAUUAUUAGCAACUAACCACUUCACGUUUUCUGUGGUAGAUCUGUUGGAGUCCUUGAAAGCAGAAUACGUGGCUCCCCUAGUUCUGUGGCUGUCUCAUGACCAGUGUCAGGAAAAUGGAGGUCUGUUCGAGGUUUGUAAGAGAACUGUAUGAAAUGUUCACUAUGCCUUUAAAACCGUAUCGGCUUACUCCAAAUCCUUACUGAUUAUUCUGUUAAUGUUCUCUCCCUGUUAAGGUUGGCGCUGGCUGGAUUGGAAAAUGUGAGUAGAAUUAAUUAUUCUCCUUUUGGGAGUAUUUUCAAUGUUCUACAACCAUUUAUUUUCCACUAAUGUGUUUGUUUGUAGUGCGCUGGGAGCGUUCACAGGGCUGCAUUGUGAGGAACAAGAACCAAGGCAUGUCUCCUGAGACCGUACGAGACCAGUGGGACAACAUCUGUGACUUCACCAAUGCCACCAAACCUGCCAACAUCAAUGGUAAUUAAGUCAAGCAGACCUUGGACCGAACACCUACGCUGGUAUAUUUUGCCUCUGCCAGAUAUGUUACUGAUAAUAGUAAUUGACUUAUACACAGAUAUAUUGAAUUUAAACUAAGAUACGGUUUGACACGGUAGAUGUAAAUUAAACAAUGGAAUAAUAUUCCACCUGCAGUAAAGGCUAGAACUCUUUGGUGCUGUAACAGUUGAGGCAGUGUAACAACCUUUGGUGCUGUAACAGUUGAGGCAGUGUAACAACCUUUGGUGCUGUAACAGUUGAGGCAGUGUAACAACCUUUGGUGCUGUAACAGUUGAGGCAGUGUAACAACCUUUGGUGCUGUAACAGUUGAGGAAGUGUAACAACCUUUGGUGCUGUAACAGUUGAGGAAGUGUAACAACCUUUGGUGCUGUAACAGUUGAGGCAGUGUAACAACCUUUGGUGCUGUAACAGUUGAGGCAGUGUAACAACCUUUGGUGCUGUAACAGUUGAGGCAGUGUAACAACCUUUGGUGCUGUAACAGUUGAGGCAGUGUAACAACCUUUGGUGCUGUAACAGUUGAGGCAGUGUAACAACCUUUGGUGCUGUAACAGUUGAGGCAGUGUAACAACCUUUGGUGCUGUAACAGUUGAGGCAGUGUAACAACCAAUUUCAUGGGAGAAGGUCCAAGUUCUACACAGUAUGCUGCAGUGUAAACAAAGGGUGGAACACCAGGGCUCAAACCUCUGAGAGAAGAGAAAACAAGCUAGCAAUCCAGUGAACAAACUCAUUGGCUUGUGCUGCUAUGACACGGCAGGUCAAUUACACCACUGCUAUUCCCCCUAGUCUUUGAAUAAAGAGCAAAGUACAGUAUUGAGCGGUGCGGAGCGCCUUCGGGUCAGACACGAGAACAUGGCAAGUGUUCAUCAUUAUUCUCUUUCCUCCCUCGGCUUGCCCUCAGAUGUGCCGCAGCAUGGGGGUGGCAGCCUCCAGAGGAGCGCCUCAUUACCAUGAUUUUGUAGUGCUCCUCAUUUGUACCUUAUUAGAGGACAUGUUGCCGUCUUUGUUCGAUAACAGCAUUAUUGAGUGGCUGUAAUGAAUCUCCCUCUUUUCCCCAGAGUCCCUGGCCACAUUGGUGGAGGUGCUGUCAAGACUGGAGACUGAUGAGGGAAUCGUCCCCAACCCCACCAGCGCUAUGACCACUGCUGCAUCUGGGAUCAGUCCUGUGAGUGUAGAGUUCAACAGUACUAGGCUGGAAUGAAGUGACAUCAUGCCUGUUGGUGACAGAUGGCCCAUAAUGAUGCUCUGUGGUCUCCUACUGUAGACCAUGUCUUCAAAGACAUCUGUUUGGACGCAUGAUGAGUAACCGCAUGGCUGGCGUCACUUCAUACUGUGCUGACUGUAGCUGUGCUUGCCUUCAGCUGGAGGCAGUGGGACAGAAGCUUCCGGAGUCUACCUUCAGCUACUCCCACACUCAGUGCAUCCUGUAUGCCCUGGGAGUGGGCCUGUCCACCAAGGAUGACCAACACCUCAAGUUCCUGUACGAGGGCCACGAGGACUUCAGCUGUCUGCCCACCUUCGGGGUCAUCCCCUCCCAGGCGGCCAUGAUGGACGGAGGGCUAGGCUCCGUGCCUGGACUCAACUUUGACUUCACCAGGGUAAAAGCUCCAGGAAACAAUCAGAAUCAUCUUUAUUUACUGUAGAAUUUACAAAGUUGACAUGCAUUAUAUAGAAAAUAGAUCUUAUCCCAUACAGAAGUGGCAAGCAACCGUUGCUGUUCUCACACAUUUCAUUUAGUGGGUAAAUAAUGCAUUUUGAUAGCUUAAAACAUUUUAUAUUGCUUGGAGCAAAGACUUUUGUAACCAUAACCAUUUUACUCCCCGUUUUGUUCUGAUAUUGUCACUCUCAGUUGUUGCAUGGAGAGCAGUAUCUGGAGCUUUUCAAACCAUUACCCACCUCAGGUAUGUGCGCCCAUUACAGAUUCUAAGUAUCUCUGAGCACAACAUUUUCUGCUUACAAAAGCCUGUGAUUUUUAAAGUAAUUUGUCUGCAUUUGCAGGAAAACUGACCUCUCAGGCUACAAUCGCAGAUGUGUUAGACAAAGGAUCUGGAGCAGUCAUUCUGCUGGAUGGUUAGUUUGUUACACUUCCUUGUCCCUGAGAAUUGUGUAAUAAUAAUGUUAAGGGUAUAUGAGUGAUGUUCCACAGGGUUGCAUGAGAUGAGCAAAGAAAUUACUCAGUGGUAUUAAUUAAACAAAUAGCGGAGGAACUCUAAAAAUUUGGAAUGGACCUGAUAUUAAAGCAAGGAAAUUAAAGGCAUGCAGUCUAAAGAUUCUUUCAGAAAAACAUGAAAGAAUAUUUUAUUUUCUCCUGUGGAAUGUAAAAAGAAACAAUGUUUUUCAUUAUUGAUAAAAUAAAUACAUAUUUAGCAGGCGCUUUUAUCCAGAGUGAUUUAGUCAUGUGUGCCCAUUUUAAGUAUGGGUUGUCCCUGGAGUCGGAUCCACUGUCCUGGCAUGGCAAGCACCAUGCUGUACCAACUGAGCUACAGAGGACCAGUUGUGAGAUAACAUUGUCUUUCUCCACAGUCCACACGUACAGUGGUAAAGAGCUGCUGUGUUACAACCAGUACUCUCUGUUCAUCGUGGGGGCUGGUGGCUUUGGAGGAAAGAGAACAUCUGAUAAAGCAAUGGUAACAAGUAAUCUGCUAACACCACCAAUGCUUUCAAAAGUUUCAGAAGUAGUACCAUUCUUUUUCUAGAACAAAAUGGUUGACACCUACCAUUUUCUUUCAACCUAACUUAAUCUCACUCUUUCAGAGCACAGUGGCACCCCCAAACAGAGCUCCUGAUGCCGUGAUGACUGACACCACAACAAGGGACCAGGUGUGUAUUUCUGAUUGGGUCUUUCAUCGAAGGGAUACACUGAGUAGAUUUUUACUACGAGUGCCCCUACUGUUAGGAUUCUUUCAAAAGAUGACGCAUCAAACAAGUAUCCGUAAUGGCUCUACAUGAGGCCAAAUCUCAGGAUAUUUCUAAAACGAGUGACAUGACAUUGAUUCCACGCUUUCAGGCUGCCUUGUAUCGUCUGAGUGGGGACUGGAACCCCCUCCACAUAGACCCCAGCUUUGCAGCAAUGGGAGGUGAGUCUUCUAGCCUGGUGCCAGAUCUUGGCUAUCAUGUCAACUCCUUGUCAUGCCAAAAGAAGAGUGCCAAGGAGUUGACAUGAUUGCACAAACAGAUCUGGCACCAGGCUUUGAGUCUUCUGUAUUAAUAAACACUGCACAGUGUUGUGCAUGAUAUUGUAGUACAUCAUAAAGACAUCUUCUCUCCAUUUCAGGAUUCAAAUCCCCUAUUCUGCAUGGCCUGUGCUCCUUUGGCUUCGCGGCUAGACAUGUGCUGAAGCAGUAUGCCAACAACGAUGCCUCCAGAUUCAAGUCCAUCAAGGUGAAGCAUGAUCUUGGCAGGAACAGUCAUAGAAAUCGAAUGAAUAGAACGGCCGUCCCAUUCAAGUCAAUGAUGGCAUAAUGGUUGAACUGGCGGCCAUUGCAAGUGUACCCAUAGGAGCAAAGCGGGAAGUGAACCCAUCAAUCUGUGCUGUGAUUUGUUGUCUGCUCAACUGACAUUUCAAAAAAUAUAUUAAAUUGCAUGAGCCACAUCAGUUAACAUUCUACAUUACCAUGGAAAUUAUUGCAUCACAAUACCAGGCAGCCAUUGUGAGUGUACCCAUGAGUUUACCAGUCAAAUUGCCAGGGUUAGAGGUUCCAAGCCCAUUCUAUUUCUAUGGUAACAGUUCCCUAUCUUUUUGGAGUUAUUCAAAUUAUAGGAGCUUGGCACUUAAUCAAGAGAAAUCAGAACACCCUACCGUUGCACUUACACUUGUCUCUUCACUGUCACUGACUUUGCUGUUAGCUGCUUUAUCGAGGAAGGUUUGACUUAUGACUGUGAGAUGUGGUUAUCUCACCUAGCUACCUUAAGAUGGAUGCAUUAACUGCAAGUCACUCUGGGAAAAGAGUGUUUGCUAAAUGACUAGAAUUGAAAAUGUAAUCCGCUAUGUUUUUAAACUACCUUUUUCCUGGUCACUACCGUAUCCCUCAGGUUCGCUUUGUAAAGCCAGUGCUACCAGGCCAGUCCCUACAGACCGAGAUGUGGAAAGAAGGAAACCGAAUUCACAUUCAGUGCAAAGUGAGCAGUUUUAUCAUGUUUGUGCGAGAGGUUAAUAGUGAUCCAUUAAGAAUGAAACAAUUACCCAAAUUAAGUCCAGUAACCUCUUUCCAUGCGAUACAGAAUAUCCAUGUUGUUAAAUUGAUUGAUUGGCUCGUGUCUUAUUCCUCAGGUCAAAGAGAGCGGUGCUGUGGUUCUGUCAGGUGCCUAUGUGGACUUGUAUGCUGCUACAGAUGGCUCCCCACAAGUUCUUCUGGAGGUAUGUCAGUCAGACUGUAUUCAUGUGUGAUGCAAAAUCCCAAAGUUGGAAAUGACCGAUCACUAGUUUUUCCUGUUUUGAACCCUUCUAGUCAGGGGGACUCAAGAGUGAGUUGGUGUUUGCUGAGAUCGGCCGUCGCAUUAAGGACCUGGGGGCUGAGAUGGUGAAGAAGGUCAAUGCAGUGUUUGGCUGGGAGAUCACCAAAGGGGGAAACACUGCAGCCCAGUGGAGUGAGUGAACCCUGGUUGCUUUCCAAGUCCUCCUGUCAAUCAAUGCAGACAUGUUGAACCUAUGGGACCAGCUUCCCGGGCCAUGAUUAAGCCAAGUCAUGGACAAAAAAUUAUUCUCGAUGGAGAAUUACCAUUGUGCGCUUUAGUCCAGCACUAAACUUAAUCUGGAUCUGGGAAACUGGCCCAUAGUGUGAAUGCCUCAACUAUCAUUUCAUUAUGCUCUCUCGCUCCCCCCCCCCCCCAGCCAUUGAUUUGAAAACUGGAGCUGGAGCCUUGCAUAAGGGCCCAUACAGUGGCAAAACUGACGUGACCUUCACUGUAUCUGAUGAUGACUUCAUGGAAGUAGUGAAGGGAAAGCUCAACCCUCAGAAGGUACUGACAUCUUCUCCCCAAGCCUUUACAUGCCUGGCAACAUCUGUAAGAUACUGUAGAAAGCUGCAAGAUGAGUCAGCAGAGAGAACUGCCAAUGUGUAGCAGCUUCACACUUCAAAGCUUUUUUAAAACUACAAGUACAUCCCAGUAAGAGUGGGUUUUCUUGCCAGGAAUGAGCCUCAUUUCACCUUUUCAUUGUUUUGUGAAUUUAGAUCAGGGAUGGACAACUGGCGGCCCUCCUUUUUGUAGGCUCGCGGAUCAAUUUCCCUAAAAUAAAAACAAUACAAUUGGUGGGUGGGGGGGAACUCAGUCGGGGUCUCAACUUAAUGUUUGUGAGUUAGAAUAGUAGAAUACACAAGGUGACAUUUAGAAAUUUGGUUGUGCAUCAGCAGUUUUUCUCGACAACGUUUCACUUAGGGCCCCCGAAAGGCUAAGGUUGGCUCUGUGUGGGUAUGCAGACCCGCCAGCCACUGCAUCCCCUCGUGUCUUCCAUUCCUGUGGUGGUCCUCAUGAGAGCCAGUUUCAUCAUAGUGCUUGAUGGUUUUUGCGACUGCACUUGAAGAAACUUUCAAAGUUCUUAAUGUUCCGUAUUGACUGACCUUCAUGUCUUAAAGUAAUGAUGGACUGUCGUUUCUCUUUGCUUAUUUGAGCUGUUCUUGCCAUAAUAUGGACUUGGUCUUUUACCAAAUAGGGCUAUCUUCUGUAUAACCCCCCUACCUUGUCACAACACAACUGAUUGGCACAAACGCAUUAAGAAGGAAAGAAAUUCCACAAAUAAAAUUAACAAGGCACACCUGUUAAUUGAAAUGAAUUCCAGGUGACUACCUCAUGCAGCUGGUUGAGAUAAUGCCAAGAGUGUGCAAAGCUGUCAAGGCAAAGGGUGGCUAUUUGAAGAAUAUCAAAUAUAUAUUUUGAUUUAACUUUUUGGUUGCUACAUGAUUUCAUAGUUUUGCUGUCUUCACUAUUAUUCUACAAUGUAAAAAUAAAGAAAAGCCCUUGAAUGAGUAGGUGUCCAAACUUUUGAAUGGUAGUGUGUGUGACCAACCGAUGCAUAUCUGUAUUCCCAGUCUUGUGAAAUCCAUAGAUUAGGGCCUAAUUUAUUUAUUUCAUUUGACUGAUUUCCUUAUGAACUGUAACUCAGUAAAAUCUUUAAAAUUGUUACAUUUUAUGUGUUCAGUGUAGAUCCAGGAAGCCCUUAGCUCAUGAACAUAAUAUUGGGUUGUAAGAGCAGAGAUGUUUCCCGGACUGAAAGUGACCUGAGCGUUUAUUUGUUCUUCCAGGCGUUCUUUGCAGGCAAGCUGAAAGUACGAGGGAACAUCAUGCUGAGCCAGAAGCUGGAGGUGAUCCUUAAAGACUAUGCUAAACUGUGAGGCUGAGCCACAGGAGAACCACUCAGUUAUCAUAUCUUCCUUGUUUGCUUCACUGAGGUAACGGCAUUAAUUGCGAACGUGCAUAAAGAUGGCAGAAUUCACAUGACGUCAUUGUUUUUAACACGAUCCACUGAGUUUUACAAUGUGUCAAUAAAUCAGCACAAUGUACUUUUUCGUUUUUUUCAAAUUGCAGGCAUCUCGAAGAUAAAAUUGGGAUCAUGUAUAAUACGGCGAAUUUAGCUAAAUGCAUGGGGACCGCCAUCUGUAUGCAUCUCCGCUAAUGCACUAAUCUGACCUGGAUUUCACUGCAUGUGAAUACUUUGUUGGUUUUUUUUUUGGUCUGAUUUAAUACUAUUUCAACUAAUGUAUGGAUACAUUACACUGAUGAUAGAUGAGUUUGUAACCUGGGGCUGCGAUCAUGAUUCAGAAUGAUUUGUACUUUGACGGUGAUAAAUGUUUUAUGAUGAGAGGAUAGCGCCUAUGUGCAAUGCCAGAUGCAGUAGGAUUUUCUCUUAAAUGUCAAGCUGGGGUGCAUGGGGCCAAUAAAUGACUGAUGCAGAACACUGGGCUAUGCAGUAUGUGGGAUAAACUGGACAUGAACAGUACUAUAGUGACGGUCGCUGUUUUCAGGGCAAUGAAGAACAAAGGCUAGCAGAUGGCACUACAUAUUUCUGCUCCCAGAUUAGGCCUUGUAUAGGUUGUAUUUGGUAUCAAUGUUUUUUUGUUGCUUCAAGUGACCUGACUCCAAUGCAACCCAAAUGAAAUCUACAUUAACAAGUUACAUGUAAUAAAAAUGUAGCCAUAGUGUUGGCUUGGUGCAACAUGGUUCACUAUUCAUUUCUAAUAAAUGUUAUGCACUUUGUGGUUUUAAUGGGGAU